GUUAUCUAAGAUGCCACAGCAGCAAAACUGUCUGUGGCUGACAACUUUUUGGAAGGAAAUGUAUGAGAGUGUAGUAUCUGCAUUGUUUGCCAUGAUAAAUAUUUAAGGAAAGCAUAAAAGUAAUAUGUGAUUGUAGAGGUGACCUUAGAUGACAGUCUUAUGGAAUAAUUUAGUAUUGUCUAAUCCAUUCACAAUAAUAGCCAGUAAUGUAUAACAAUUGCUCUCUGAACGUUAGCAAAAGUUAAGUUUUUCCUCUGGUUGAGAACAUGAAGAAGAAGCAGCAGCAUUUUGCAGCAGCGCAUCUGCAUAGGUUGUUCCCACUCAGUCGCAAGUAAUUUGACAACUUUUCAGAAUGGUGAAGAAGAAACCACUACAGAGGCAGGCAUCUCCAGUCCCUGAAGACAGUAAUCAGCUGAAUGCAGAAGCUGCACACCUGGUUGAGGCCCUAAGGCAGCUCAUGCUGAAGCUGUAUGCUGACCACCUCUCGGAUGAUGGGAAGACUGUGGAUUAUAAAGCCAUGAGAAACAGUGAGGCAUUUGAAAGUUACUGUGAACUAGCUGUACUUCUUCAACAAGUGGACUUAAAGAGCCUCACCAAAGAGGAGAAGCUGGCUUUCUUCAUUAAUGUAUAUAACGCCUUGGUUAUCCAUGGGCAGAUUCAAAUGGGAACACCCAAAAAUGUAUGGCAGAGGUACAAGUUUUUUAACUGUGUCAGCUAUCUGAUUGGUGGACAAGUCUUCACACUUCAGGACAUUGAAAAUGGUGUCCUCCGAGGAAACAAGAAAGGUGUUGCACAACUGACCAGGCCUUUCUCCAAAGGUGAUCCACGCAUUCAGGUGUCCUUAUCUGAAGUGCAACCACUCAUUCACUUUGCACUGAACUGUGGAGGAAGAGGUUGUCCUCCAAUCAAAACCUACACCCCCAAGGAUAUUGACCAGCAGCUAAGGGCUGCAGGAGAAGCAUUUCUAGCAGGCAAGGAUGGAUGUUUUGUAAAUAUCGAGAAGAAAGAAAUACAUCUAAAUCAAAUUUUCAAGUGGUACAAAACGGAUUUUGGGGACACGGAUGAAAAGGUUGUACAGUGGGUACUGGAUCACAUGACAGAGUCGCUAAAGAAGAAACAGAUGAAGGAGGUCUUGGAAUCCAGCAAUUGCAAGAUCAUUUUCUUACCCUAUGACUGGUCUUCAAAUUCACUGAACUAAAUACAAAUCCGUGCUUUUUGCAUGUAGCACCACAAUAUAUAUCACUAUGCAAUUUUGAAAGCUUACAAUAUAGAUAUUUAAAAGCAGAAUCCUUGCAGCAAACCAGCCUCACUACAUAUACCAAAGAGUAACAUUAAUAUCUGCACUCCCGCAGAGGUAAUUCUACAACUUUUCGACUUUUAUGCAACUUUGUUACAAGAGUGCCGUGGAGAAAAAACACAAAGUCUAGAAAUAGAAAAAAAAACAGACCAUUUGGGUAGCAUAUGCAAAACAUCGGUGGUAGAAUUUAAAGGACAAUGUAACAAGCCUGAUAAUGAACUGCAUCUAGCAGACCAAGUUUUGGUCUUUUAACCUCAUUUUUGCACAUUUUGUAAUUCUGGAAACAAGUUUAGGUACUAAGUAUUAUUGACUUCUUUCUAAAACACCCCACAUCCACAAAAAUUAAAUGUAACCAGCUUCCGAAAUGACAACGUAGUUUACAGCUAUUGGACUGUUUCUCUGGUAUUAGCACAAAAUGUAUUGAUUCUUCCAUAAAAGUCUGAAGUUCAGCUGGGCAUAAACAAUAGUACAGAUUGAAAAUAUGA